AUGAAGCAAGAAUUAGGCAAAUGGGAAGAUGAUAACGCCGUCCUCGAAAACCAGGUCUCCAGGCUACGACGCGAUCUCAUAAACUCCAUGAGUGCGACAGACCAAUCGAACAGAGAGGCGGUCGGGUUGAAAAAAGAGUUGGAAGAGAAAGCCACGGUGAUUGAAUCGAUGGAGAAGGAAAUGGUUGAGUUGAAGAAAGAGAAGAUGGAGAUCGAGAUGAAAGAGAGGGAUCUGGAGAGGAAAUUAGGGGUUUUACAAGUGAGGGAAAUAGAAGAACGGAGUAAGAAUAUACGGACGGAAGAGAAGAUGAAAGAGAAAAUCAAUGAAUUGCAGAGGAAAGUUGAGGCGCUUGAGGGGGAGGCUAAGAGGACGAGUGUUGAAUUGGAGAAAACCACUGCAGAAAAAUGGGAAUUCGAGGAAAGGGCCAAGUUGUUGGAGUUCAACAUGUGGGAAUUGAAGGACGUGGUGGAAAGGAAGACUAGUGAAGCCAUUAAAGGGAGGUGGAGGGAUAAAGGGUUCAAAGGCUGGUUAUUUAGGGUGCCGGUGAUGAAGGCGGGAUCGGCGGUGGUUCUUCUUUUUGCAGCUUCCGUGGCCUAUCUAUUUCACAGGAAACGAUAG